AUGAUGUUUCCUGAUCGCAGCGAAACACGUCCAAGUACCGAAGCCGCGGUGUCUGGAAGAAGCUCGACAAAUCCGGCUGCUUCGAGCUCCGGGUUGGCAGCAUUUGGCCCUAGCAGUGCUGAGAUUGCGCAGCGCUCGUGGACUGCAGGAGCUGAGCGACCAAGCUUCAAGGGCAAGAUGGAUGUGCUUGUGGCUGGCGGGGAGGAUUAUGAGCGUUUCAUCUUUGAACAACAUGCUCAAGCCCUAGGUGUUCAGGAUGUUGUAGAGUGUUGCAAUCGCCGGGACUUCUGCGUAGCGCUCUUCAAGUCGCAGAGUCAAAAUCAGGAUCUUCCCUGCGUUGUCUUUCUUGGCAGCGAGUCGUGGCUUGAGGACCUCACAGAGCACGACCUCACCAAGCGGCCACCCUAUGUUGUGAAUAUAGAUGCGCGCGGGGCAAAACGUCCAGAAGCAUACCAUGAGCAGGUUCUGUCAUCUUGCACGAGGGCUGAGGUCACAGCUUUGCUGGGCAGAGUUGUCGAGUCCCGAAGACAAUCAGAUAACCAUGGUGCCGGUGCCAGCCCCUGUUGA